UAACAGUUAUGACUCUGAUCACUAGACAGCAGUUCUCAGACAGCUCCUUCUUGGGGAUGGGGGGCCGCAGAGUGGCCUCCUCCUCCGCCUCCUCUUGCGGGGGAUUCUUAAAGACAGGGCUCGCGGCGUCGACCUCCCUCGGUAGCGGGAUGGGGAUUGGGGUCGGGCUGGCUGGUGGUGCCCAGGCUUUUGGUGCCGCGGAGUGCGGAGACGCGCCUCUCUGCAUGGCGGAAGAGAAAGUGGAGAUGCGCUCCUUGAACGACCGUCUGGCGGCCUACGUGAAGCAGGUGCAUAUGCUGGAGGCCACCAACCGGCAACUGGAAGAGAAGCUGAGGAGCCUCACUUUGAACAAGAUCGUCCCUCACGACCUGACCAAGUUUGAUUCUGAGAUCAAACUGCUCAGGGAGCAGCUACAGGCUGUCAUCAAUCAACACACACUCACAUGUGUGGAUAUUGACAACGCCAAGCUGGCAGCGGACGACUUCAAACUUAGGUGGGAAACAGAGGUGUCCAUGCGCCAGACGCUGGAGGGAGACAUCGCCAGGCUCCGGGCUCUGCAGACAGACUACGAACUGGCCAAUCAGGCGACGAUGCAGAACCUGCAGGCCCUCACAAACGAGUACAUGAUGAUGAAGAAAAAUCACCAACAGGAGCUAUUAUCUGUACGAGAAAAUCUGGGCUAUAACAUCGAUGUGAACGUGCAGGCAGCCGAGAGCAUCAACCUGUCUCAGGUUAUGGCUGACAUCAGAGCAGAAUAUGAGGCUCUCAUUGAACACAACAGGCGGCAGGCUGAGGCCUGGUACAUGAAACAGGUGGAGAUGAAGCAGGCAGAAGAAACCAAGUUAACUGAGACAGUGGCCAGUGACAGACAAGAAGUGACUGCAGGACGUAAACACUUGCUUGUUGCACAGAUGGAGAUGGAAGCUCUCCUCAUGGGCAAUGAAAAUCUGAAGGCAAGGCUUGCAGAAGUGGAAACCCAGUACCAGCAACGCCUCCUGAGCAUGAGCCGCCUGGUGGCUGGACUGGAGGGAGAAUUAUCCUCUGUCCAUGAAGGUAUCACACAACAGAGCCAGGAGUACCAGCUCUUGUUGGACAUCAAGAGCCGUCUUGAGGUGGAGAUCAGCACCUACAGGCAGCUGCUAGAGGCAGCAGGCACAGUGGCAACGGGCACAGUCACACUGUCAGGAGCUACAGGCUCCUGGAGAAGAGAAGCGGCCCCGACAGUGAUGACAUCCAACAAGACCACAUUCACUCACACAAGUCAGGCAAGCACAGUGGCAGGAGGAGCUGCAGUGAUGUCAGGAGAUAGUGCUGCGCGUGCCACGAUUACAUCCCGCUCUUUCACCAGCUCUUCUUCAGCUCUCAGCUCCGGUGGUGAAGGAACAACAUUGUCAUCAGGAAGUGCCGUAACUCUACCAGGGUCAAGAUCCACACUCAUCAAAACCGAGAAGACAGUCACCACCAUCAGUGGCUCUGGUGACCCUGCUGGUGCCAUUUCUGCAGCCGUAGCAGCUGAUGUAGCAGUGGCAUCAGAAGGCUCAGUGAUGACCAGUGAUACGCACACGGUUGUCAGCAAGACAGUCACCACAACCAGUGUCGUCAGUGCAGCUGAUACACCUGUGCCGACAUCAGCCACGCUGACUGCAAACAUAUCAAGCACAGGAGGAGCAGCCAUGAUACCAUCAGCAGAAUAUGUGGGAGUGUCCACCGGAGGAGGUGUGAUGGAAGGAAGCGUGACGAUUACAGAGUCGAGCAGCUCAGUUGCAACAGUUGCUGUUGGAGACAUGACGGAGGAUGGCUCCUCCACUAGUGAUGGGGAAGUUACAGUGUCAUCAGAAGGGGGAAUUACAGCUGGUGGUUCCGUGGUGCUUGAUGAGGGUGCCUCUAUGAUUUCAUCAGAGGGUGUUACAAUUUCAGGUGAAGAGGUAGAGGGAAUUUCCAUGUCAAUGCAGUAUGGCAGCACUGAAUUUAGCUCCAUGUCCUCUGGCUCUGAUGGUGCUGUGGUGCAAGGUGAUGCAAUGAUGUCGUCAGGAGGUGUAGAAAUGACAAUGGCAGGUGGAGAGACGGUGGAGGUUUCCAUGUCAGAGCGUGGUGGCUCUGUGUUGAGCUCUGAAUCCAUGAUGUCAGAAGGUGUCAUGCUGAGCGGUGGUGUGAUGUCAGCUGGAGGGUCCAUGAUGUCUGGUGGGGUCAGCGUAUCAGGUCAAGGAAUAAUGUUAUCAGGGGAAGACUUGGCGUCAUCAGAGGAGGGCAUGCUGCCUGCUGAAGUCAUGGAGAAUGAAGAGGGUGUUGUCAUUGUGUCAUCAGAUGGAUCCAUGGCAGUGCAGCCAAACAGCUCUGAGUUUUGCGCCUUUUCAUCAGGAGGUGCCGUGAUAUCAGGUGGAGGCAUAAUGGUGGUGGGGGAGGAAGCAUGAAAAAACUACUAGAGAUAAAGUUAAGAAUGUAACAUGUUAAAAGGGGAUAUCACAUUGAGAAAAUGCUUCCACAGAGAUAAUUUUUGUUUGUUUUAUGUAAUCCAAAGUCACCAAUAACACAAUGAACCCAACAAGAGUUUGUUAUGGUAUUUUAUUGCACCUUCCUCAGAACAUGGAGCUCAGAGACACACAGAUAGAGAAUCUAUAGUAUUAACUGAUCUAACUGUUGUAGCAGUGGUUAAUCAGGCAUGGUUCUUUGGGAUCUUUGGGGCAAUCCUACCAUAUGUGCUGUGGACAUCUGGACCGGAUUCUGAGUCACCUUGUCAAAAGCCACGUCAUGGUUUAGAAAGGUGCUUGAAGACCUCCACCACACAAAGAGAAAAUAAGGAAACUUUUUUUGGAUUGUCUUUCUUGGUAUGAAUAUAGCCUUAGAUUAAACAUUAACUCUAGACAAGGUUAAGGUUUUUUUUUUUUUUAAGGUUAUUAAGGUUAUGAUUGAGAAGCAAUUUAGGGCCCAGUGUUUUAUGUUAUGUAAUGUAGGUUAAUAUGAAAUAACAUGGAACUGAGAGGUGUAGGGAAAAUAUUUUAAGUAUUUGAUAUUUGGGUGAAAGAAUGGUUAAUCAGUUUAUGUGUUUGACACUGUGCACAGCUGUCUUACAGUUGUCUAAAAUAAAGCCAAAAAAUAAAAAA